GUUUGGAUGAAUGAACUGGAAGGAGUGAGGAAGAGGAAGAUGGAUGGGAAGGAGCUCUCAGGACCACAGAAAUACUGGAGAUAAAACAGCUGCACAGCUGCAGUGAGGAUGUGCUGCUUGUCCAGCUGUUUGCGCGGAGCAUCUCGGACAUGCAGUGGACUGUUGGUGACUCGUGAAAAGAGUCGGUUCAUCCUUGAGUGAAUCGAUGCUCGAGUACCAGAGCUACAAUCUUACAAUUACCCCAAGAUUCAAUGUUUUUUUUUUUAUCCCUUAAUGUGCUUGAAUCGUGGCAUGUUAGCUGACUAUUAACCAAUUCAUGACAUCAAUGUCUACAGAAUUCGUUUGUUCUAAAUUCGUUUGAAUUCGUCAGAAUUCGUUUGUCCUUCCAGUGCAGUCACUGAUCCUCUGCUUUGACCGAACCUCUCUCUCUCUCUCUCUCUCUCUCUCUCUCUCUGUGUGUGCCAAACCCUCUGAUGUGGAGAUUCUCAUUUGAGACAGGCUUCACGGUGUGGAUAUAAAAGCUGCAGUUCUGAUCAACUUCUCACAUUGACUGACUCUCAGCAUCCAGGCAGUGAGGAACCUCCUGAAAGGGAAACAAUCCAACUUGGACAAAACCCAAAGGAAGGAAGGAAGGAAGGAAACAUGUCUCAUCACUGGGGUUAUGGCAGUCAUGAUGGUCCUGACAAAUGGGCUGAGCACUUCCCAAUCGCGAACGGAUCUCAGCAGUCUCCCAUUAACAUCAUCCCGAACCAGGCCCAGUUCGACUCUUCUCUGAAGCCACUCAAGCUUCAGUACAACCCGUCUAUGAGCAAAGACAUCCUGAACAAUGGCCAUUCAGUCCAAGUGAACUUUGUGGAUGAUGACGAUAGCACAGUUCUGACUGGUGGGCCCAUCACUGGCACCUACAGACUGAAGCAGUUCCACUUCCACUGGGGUGCGAGUGACGACAAAGGGUCCGAGCAUACAGUCGACGGUGUCCGGUACCCCUGUGAGCUGCAUCUGGUGCACUGGAACACCAACUAUGACAACUUUGGUGAGGCUGUGAACAAACCUGAUGGCUUGGCAGUUGUUGGAGUUUUUCUGAAGAUUGGUUCUGCCAAUCCCCGACUGCAGAAAGUUCUGGAUACCUUUGAAUGCAUUAAAGGAAAGGGUCAGCAAACCACAUUUCCAAACUUUGACCCCAAGAACCUGUUGCCGACCUCUCUGAAUUUCUGGACAUAUGAGGGUUCUCUCACCACACCACCCCUGUAUGAAAGUGUCACAUGGAUUGUCCUGAGAGAGCCAAUUAGCGUGAGCUCUGCCCAGAUGGCGAAAUUCCGCUCUCUGUUGUUCAGCUCGGAGGAAGAACAUCCUCGCAGUAUGUUCGAUAACUACAGACCCCCUCAGCCCCUAAAAGGACGCAAAGUUCGUGCCAACUUUAAGUAAACUGCAGAUUCAAAAACAUUUUUCUUUUUACAUUUGUGAUUGUGUUUCAGAUUGUGGUGUGUGAAUGUUCAGGGUGCAAAGCACGAUAAAGAAGAAAUCUUUUGAUGAAAAGUACAUUACAAUGUAUACGACUUUUUCACUUUCAGAAGCAGGUACUGAGAACUAGAGAAAACAGAUAAAGAAGAUAAAUAUUAUUGAAGAUUGCUAAGAUUUAAAAAAAUGUCAUGUUUUAUGAUCGAGUUGAACUCCUGAAAAAUAAAUUGAUAUAUUUAAA